AUGCCAGCGAUGGGGUUCGAAGAGCGGCUCAGGCGCAUGUGUGAUCGAGCCAGGCAGAUUGACGAGGCGGCGGGAAACGGCCUGUCUGACAGCGAGAAGCAGCAAUGCCUGGAGGAGCAGAGGGAGGAGCUGGCACGCCUCUGCGCUGAGCUGGACGCCACGUGGCAGCAGCAGAGUGGCCUGGUCGUGCUGUACACGUGGGCAGCGUGGCUUGGCGAGGAGACGCUGGGGUGCCUGGGGAUUGGCCAGGAUCUGAGGCUUGCAGCAGGUUACUGCAGGGCAGUAUACGAGGGCAUGUCUCUACACGACGAUCUGGCCCUCCUGAAGCGGUGGAGCAAGGAGAUGGACGACCGCGUGUUCCGGGCGUCUCUCCACGCGUGCGCCAUAUGCUUCUCUGAGAAGCCCGGCUCCGAGUGUGUGCGCGGUGCCACUGCUGCGUGCACGCAUGCGUUUUGCAGCGCGUGCAUGAGGGCGUUUGCAGAGGCGAAUGUGGCUGAGGGGAAUUUACAGGCGCUCAAGUGCCCUGAUACCAAGUGCCGCGCUCCCCUCUCCUAUGACCUCCUGCGCACACUUCUCCCUAGUGCCCUAUUCUCCCGUUGGGAGCAGCUAACCCUGCAGCGCUCGCUAGACGCCAUGCCAGACAUUGCCUUCUGCCCGCGCUGCUCUCAGCCGGCUGUGGAGGACCCUUCUGAUCACCACGCGCUGUGCCCCGGGUGCUUCUUCUCCUUUUGUGGGGUGUGCCGUGAGGGGUUUCACAGAGGCAGAAGCUGCAUCACUCCGGAACUUGCCCUCAAACUCAUGAAGUUGCGGAAGCAGGAGCGGGCCCUAGCAGAGGAGGAGUUGAGGAAGCAAAAGGACCUGGAGCAACAAGUACUUAGCCUUAAGCUGGUGGAGGAGUCGAGUGUGCAGUGCCCCAUGUGCAGCACGGCCAUCAGCAAGAGCGAUGGGUGCAACAAGAUGGUCUGUCCCACCUGCAACACCUUCUUCUGCUACCGCUGCCACGCGCGCAUCGACGGUUACGACCACUUCACGGAGGGAAAGUGUGUGUUGUUUGAGGCAGCGGAGAUAGAGCAGUGGGAGAUGCAAAUGGCAGCCAUGGCUGAAGCACAGAACCACAACCAACGAGCUGCGCCGCCCAUCGGGGCGGAUGGCAGGCCGCUGCUUGCGAGACGCUGCCCCAACUGCCGCCAAUUCAACUUUAAGGAGGGGAGGAACAACGAUAUGCACUUCGCAGCCGCCUUCCCCCACGCCUCCGCCCAUGCGCGGUGGUUGCAGGACGUCUCCGCUCCUCCCCCUCCCCCCAUCGUCUCUCCUCCGCCUCCCCUUGCGACGGUUUCUCCCCCUCCGCCUGUCGCCGCGGGUUCGACCACUUCCCCUCCACCGCCCGACUCCUCCCCUCCCCCUCCUACCCCCUCCCCUCCACCCCCCACCACCUCCCCCUCACCUCCGCUCUCCCCUCCUCCUUCACCUCCUUUGUCCCCCCCUCCUUCACCGCCGCUCUCUCCACCUCCUACUCCCCCCUCUCCUCCACCCUCCCCUCCCCCGACUCCUCCGCCUCCCCCGUCCCCGCCUCCGCCGCCUCCCCCGCUGGGGACCUGCCCCGCACCGUUCACGGUCGGCGCGCGCUGCACUAACUGCACCACGGCCGGCGGCUGUAUCUGCGAUUCGUUCGGCGUGUGCCGGCCGACCUGCAGCUACGUGCCCGGCGUGGAUUACAAAUCCCCCACGUGGCGGCGCGCGUGCAACACGUGCCCGAGCAAGCGCCUCGGCGUGCCGAACGCGCAAUGCGCGUGUGAUAUCAAAGGGAGCCAGCAGUGCGUUGAUUUCUGCGCGCUCCCGGAGAACAACAACGGCGUGACAGCGUGCGUGGGGUGCAAGAACGCGACGGGCAACGGGUGCGUGUGCGGGCGCGGGCAGUGCGUUGACGCGUGCAGCACGGCCAACCCCAUGUCGGCCCUCGUCCGAGGCGCGCCCUGCACCGUCGGAUGCUCGGCCAAGGCGGGGAAGGACGGGUGCGUUUGCUCGCCGUCCAAGGGCAAGUGCGUGCCGUUCUGCAACGAGAAGGACGGCUUCAAGUGCACCAACUCCGACUCCGGCGAGGGCUACUGCCGCGCGGGGCUCUGCUACGACAUCUGCGCCAUUGCCACCAAGUGUGCUUAUGCUCUGCUGGUACGUGCAAGCCGCAGUGUCAACUACCCAAUGCCGAGGGCGGUGAAUGUUUCGACAGGUGUGACAGCGGAGGGCCGUGCAGGAGCCGGAUCCCCGGUCGCCGCGUCGAUUCCCGAUCCGCUGACAUCACGCGCGAUCCGGCUGGUGUAUAAGGAUGAUCAGGGCGUGUUUCGGAUGGAUCCCGAAGCCGUCAGCGCGCUGCGUCGACUGCGAGGACCCCUCGGGCUGCUGGGACGCAGCAGCGGGUUCGCAGUGAAUCCCGUCUGCCUGGUCACCGCGUUCCUUCUCAUCCGGUCCCCUCUUUCCCUUCCUAACCCUUCCUCCGCAGCUGCCGGGUCGCAGCAGCGGGUUCACAGUGGGCCCGACGCACCGGCCUUGCACCCUGUGGAUCGCUUUCGUCCCCGCUCCUUGUUGCCCAAACUUUUUUAUCCAAUCCUUCUUCUCCCCUUUCCCUCAUCCGCAGCUGCUGGGUCGCAGCAGUUCACAGUGGGCCCCACGCACCGGCCGUGCACCAAGGGGUUGUGGAUCUGGAGCUCUUUCCUGCUGGGUCGCAGCAGCGGGUUCACGGUAGGCCCCACGCACCGGCCGUGCACCAAGGGGCUGUGGAUCUGGAGCUCGCCCGUCAAAGUCACGGCGCCGGACGGAUCGUCGUACCACCUGCUGCUGCUCGACUCAGAGGGCAUCGACGCGUACGACCAGACGGGCACAUACAGCACGCAGAUCUUCUCGCUGGCAGUGCUGCUGUCAUCCCUGUUUGUGUACAACCAGAUGGGCGGCAUCGAUGAGUCGUCUCUGGACCGCCUCUCCAUGGUCACCGAGAUGGCCAAGCACAUCCAAGUGCGCGCCAACUCCGCCUCCGCCGCUGCACCUGGAGCAGGAGGAGCGGGAGGAGCAGGAGGAUCGUCCUCUGUCACGCAGGAGCUUGGGCUCUUCUCCCCCGUGUUCUUCUGGCUCUUGAGGGACUUUUACUUUGACCUCACGGAGGACGGCCGGGUGAUCACCCCGCGGGACUACCUGGAGACGGCGCUGCAGUCCAUGGCAGAGGGCUCUGAGUCCGCACGCGCCAAGAACCAGAUCCGCGAGUCUAUCCGCUCUCUCUUCCCCGAUCGCGACUGCUUUGCGUUGGUGCGCCCUAUAAGCAACGAGCGCCUGUUACAGAAGCUCGACCACCUGCCCAUGGACCAGCUCCGCCCCGAGUUCAAGCAGGGCCUUGACGCCUUCACUCAAGCCGUGUUUGCCCGUGCUCGCCCCAAGAGGGUGGGCGGCACAGUCAUGACAGGGCCAAUGCUGGCAGGGCUCACUCAGGCGUAUAUCCAGGCGCUCAAUAACGGGGCUGUGCCCACCAUCCUCAAUUCCUGGCUGAGUGUGGAGGAGACCGAGUGUCGCAGAGCGUUUGAGGCAGCAGUGGAGGCGUACACUAGGGCUUUUGGCAACCCCGCAUCUGCUGAUGAGGAGGACCUAAGAGCCCACCACAGGGCAGCGCUGCAAGCAGCAGAGGCGGCGUUCAGAGAGGAGGCGGUGGGGGAGGGGCAGGCCCGACACAAGUACGAGGAGAAGCUAAGGGAGGAGGCUGGGAAGAGGUUUGAGGAUGUGCUAAAGAGGGUGGCAGCAGAGGCGGAGGUGAGGUGCAAGCGGUACCUGGAUGCACUAGAGGUCAAGGUCAAGGGGCUCGCCAGAGGGCCUCCCCUGGCGGCAACUGCUGACGUGGUGCGCGCGCUGAUUGCUGAGCUGGCGGCGUACGAGUCGUCCAUGUCAGGCGCUGCCAAGUGGCGCUGCUUGUCUGCGUUCCUCGUCGCCAGGGAGUUGCUUGCCCUCUCACCCUUUAACCCCCCCGACUUCACCUGCCCACCCUUCUUCUCAAUCCCCCUCCCUUCUCCCAUCGCAGCAUGCGGGGCCUUGUCCUGGACUCAGCUGAGAAGGAGGUCGCCGAAGCAAGGCACCACGCCUGAGCCGUCUCAAAACUGUGUGCCCCUUCCCCUCUCCGCUGCCGACUCUCCCCCUGCCUCCGCUCACAGCAUGCGCGGCCUUGUGUUGGACUCGGCUGAGAAAGAGGUCGCCGAAGCAAGGCAGCAAGCCUCUUCCGCACUCAAGGACAAGCAGGCCGCCGAGGCUCGGGCGUCCGCCGAAGCUGCUGCCGCAGCUCGGGAGGCUGCCGCAGCUGAGGACUGGAAGAAACGGGUGGCUUCCGUUGAAGGACAGCUGGCAGACGCUAUUAGGGCGGUUGGGGAAGGGAGGGAGGAGAGGGAGAGGAUGAGGAAGGAGUUGGAGGACGGGAGGAGGAGGGCGGAGGAGAGAGAGCGGGAGUGUGUGGAGUUGAGAAAGGAGGUGGAGAGAGUGAGGGAGGGAGGGGAGAAGGAGGUGAGGAGAGUGAGUGGGGAGGUUGAGAGGGUGAAGGGGCAGCUUGAGGAGGCGAAGAGGAGGGUGGGGGAGGAGCAAGGGGAGAAGGCGAAGUGGAGGGGAAUGUAUGAGAAGGAAAUGAGUGAGGGGAAGAGGGAGGUGGAAAAAGCGGUUGGGGAGAGGGAUGGGCUGAGAGGGGAGGUGGAGAGGGAGAGGCAGAGGAGGGAGGCGGAAGUGGUGGCGAUUCAGAAGGAGAAGGGCGCGUUGGAGCAGCGGUUGCGAGCAGAGGCGUCCAGCGCAGCGGCCGAGGCGAGCGAGCUGAAGAUGAAGCUUGAGGCCCAGGCAGCACGGCUGGCAGCAACGGAAAAGGCGUUGGUGGAGGCGAAGGCAAGGGAGAGGCAAGCUGAGGAGAGCAUGAGGGAGGCGAGCAGGACGGCUGGCAGUGCGAGCAAGAGUGUGCAGGCUGCACGGGAGGCCAAGGCUGCAGCAGAGUCAGCGACAGAGCAGAUGGAGCGCCAGCUGCGUCAGGCUGAGUCAGCACGGACCGCUGCUGAGCUGGCAGCCCGGCGCGAGGCUGAGCUGGCACGCCAGGCUGGUAUUCGUGCUGACUCAGCAGCGAGAGAUCUCCAGAUGGCAAUGGAGGAGGCCCAGGUGGCACAGUCAGCAGCUGAGGUGGCAGGAAAGAGGACGGAAGCUGCGGAAAGGAGAGCUAGAGAGGUUGAGAGGGAUUUAGAGGGGUUGAGAUUGAGGGCAGCGGAAGGGGAGGAGGAGGGGAAGGGGAAGGUGGAAGGUAUGGUGAGGGAGAUAGAGGAGUUGAGGGGAGAAGUGGGGAGGAGGAAGGAGGAGGUUGGGGAAACGAUGGCGAUGCUGGCAGUGUGUGAGGUGGAGAGGGAGGGGUGGAGGAGAAAGGAGGGAGAAUCUAGGAGUGAGAUGGAGCGGUUGAAAGGGGAGUUAGAUAGGCUGAGACAGGUGGUUGAGGGGAUGGGGGUGGAGAUGGGGGGGAUGAGGAGUGAGAGGGAGGAGAUGAAGGGGGUGGUGAGAGUGAGGGAGGAGGAGAUUUCACGGCUGAGGGGGAUGCUGGAAGUGGCGAUGAGGGGGAACCAGGAGAGGGAGAGGGAGAGGGGGAGAGGGGAGGGGAGGGGGGGUGAUGGGCAGGGAGAGGGAGGGGAGGAGAUGGAGGUGGAGGAGGGAGAGGAGGCGGGAAGGAAGAGGAAGAGGGCGAGACUGGGGACGGGUGUUUCUGGGGAAGGUGGUAUUGCAGGGGAGGGUGGUGCUGCUGGGGAAGGUGCGACUGCUGGAGAGGGAGGUGCAGCUGAGGCAGGUGAAACUGGUGCAGGUGAUACUGCUGGGGGUGGUGCAGGGGUGGGGGUGGAAGGGGCGGGUGAUAGUGCUGUGACAGGCGAUGCUGUAGCAGCGGGAGAAGGGGUCAAGCGGAGAGGCAGGGGUGCAGGAAAACGAACACCUGCUGCUGCUGCUGGUGCGUCUGGGGCAGCACCAACAGCCUCUGCAGCAGAGGGGGAAGCAGGAGCAGCAGGAGCAGCACGAGGAGGAGGAGGUGUGCCAACACCCACAGCGUCAGGCAACACUGGGUUUGAGUCAGCGCAGGCAACCGGGCAGGGCAGUGAAAUGGACAUGGAUACAGGCUCGUUCGGAGGGGUUUUUGGUGCUGGAGGGGGGAAGGAACGCACUGAAGGGGACGAGGCGGAGAGUAGCAAGGGGGGGAGGGGAAGAGGGAGGGGCAGGAGGGGUGGGGGAGGGAGGAGGGGGAGAGGGAGGCCGGCGGCGGGGGUGGGGGCCGUGACGGCUGCUGACGUGGCGGGGGAGUCUGACGUGGCGAAGAGGCGGAGGGAGAUUGCGAUGAAGAUGACGAAGAGUGAGUUGAAGGAUCGGUUGACGGACGAGGGGAGGGGGCUGGAUGUGCUUGAAAUGAGGACGCCGACUAAAGGACAGCUGGUGGACUUGUUUGGAGAAGAUGACGAGGAUGGAGGGGAGGGGGUUGGAUGUGCUGGAAAUGAGGACACCGACCAAGGGGCAGCUGGUAGACCUGUUUGA